AUGACGACUCUCGUGGCGACUCGACAGGCGCUGGAACUUCUUAGCAUGAGCGACCAGCAGAAGCGCCGAACAAGCAAGCGGCUUGCGGCCGCGGCCGAUUACGAGCAGGAUGACGACUUUCAGUUUGUCCGCAAGUCGAAACGCCCCAAGACGGAGGAGCAGGAGCCCCCGAAGAAGACGGGAAGAGGCCGGACAUCGGCCAAGGAAAAGGCCACCCCGGAGCUGAGCGCCAUUUCAGAAUCGCCCAAAGCGGCUUCAUCAGCAGCCGCGGCGAAGACCACGGCGACAGCUGGGACGAGAAAGUCAUCACGGAGGAAACAGAGCGGUGAUGCGCCAGAGGAGCCACAGCAGCAACCACCGAAGAGGGCGACGCGCCAGAGCAAGCGAUUAUCAGGCGAGAACAAUGGCGAGGAGCCCAAAGCAAACGGCGCAUCGCGCAAGCAAGGCCCCGGCAAAGAGAGACCACGGCGUGUGGCGGUGCAGGAACGGCAAGAGGAGGAAGUGGACGAGGUUGAAGUAUCACCGCCAUCACCGCUCGCACCCGUCGAAUCCACCAAGAUUGCGCUCCCGAUGAGCGACACGCCAAUCAUCAAUCGCAACAAGGACAUGCGCAAGAAGGGCAACUCGAACCGGAGGAGCAGUCUGGGGUCGCGCGGACGGAGGGCGAGCUCGCUGAUAGAGAGCGGGCAGUCGGCGAUACCGCAUCGUGAGGUCGACCCGACAGAAUUCUACAAGCACAUCGAAGCCGAUUUGGUAGAGCCGCGGAGGAUGAAGCAGCUGCUGAUGUGGUGCGGCGAACGUGCCUUGUCGGCGAAACCGCCCCUGGGCACGAAGAAUGCGGAUGCAAUACUGGGAGCUCGUGCGAUUCAGGACCAGAUACUUAAGGACUUUGCGUCCCGCUCGGAGUUUUCGGACUGGUUCACCAGAGACGACGUCGAGUCCAGGGCAAAAGUGGUGCUGAAGCCGAACCCGCGGAAUCUCGAAAUGGAUGAGAAACUAGCAUUACGGCGAGAGAAAGAGGCGUGGUUGUCAAUGAAGAAGCUCCCGCCAGAACAGCCGCCCCUCUUCAGCCCCGACGAACCAGACCAAAUAGUCCUUCCCGAUUUCGACUUGUUGGACGAGGACGACGGCAAACUACGCGGCGAGCUCGCAGAUGAAGCCAACUCGUUCGCGGCCUUACGCUCAAAAACGGAAUCGAGGUUGCGAAAGAUUCAAUCGUCGCUGGAGUUUCAGAUCGACCAGUUUGCGGAUAACGUCCACAAGCUGGAGCAACGAGUACUGGUAGCCGGCAAGGAAGCGGACAAGGUGCUCAAGCUCAGCGCUUUACGGCUCCGGGAGCGCGAGCAGCGGGAGAGGACGAGCGCCGGGACGAGAGACAUGCCCAUCAUGGAAGUCCUCCGGAGUCUGGGCCAAAUACUACCAGAAGGCAACGGAGGGUGA